AUGACGGAUGCGGGACAUUGUAUUCUUGCGCGCUACAAAAGGACGCAAGACCGUAGGGAUCUCGAUCAAGCUAUAAAGCACUUCGAACGUGCCUCUGAUCUCUGCCCCGUUGAUCAUCCCUACCGCCCUGCGACACUGUCCAACCUAGCUACCGCGAAGUUCGUCAGUUGCCAAGUUAAUGGAACCUACCUCGACCUCGACCUUGACAUCCCCAUCUCUCUCUUUCAAGAUGCACUUGAUAUGCGUCCCACAGGUCAUCCAGACCGACCUCUCACCCAACUCCAUCUUGCCAUCGCUCUGCUGUCUCGUUUCGCGAAACGGGGAUAUCAAGCGGAUGCUGAUGCAGCUAAAGAGUUACUGAAUGAAGUUCGCAAUGUCUCCCUUGCCGAUAGCCACCUAUCCAGAGUAGCUCUGCUUGCAAUCAAAACCUCUGCUUUGUUUUGUUUUCACACAGAUGACCCCCAUGCCGUGGAUGAAGUGAUAUCCCUUCAUUAUGAUGCGCUAGGAUACUACAGCACAGCGAAUGAUCAACGAGGUCAAUUGCUAUGUAAUCUCGGUGUAAUGCUAGCCACCCGCUUCGAGCGUCGAGGCAAUAGUCAAGACCUUGACGAGGCCAUUGCGUUUGAGAGGGAAGCACUGUAUUUGCACCCGAUUGGUCACACAGAUCGGUCCUCGUCAUUGAAUAACCUUGGAAAUCAACUCUCCAUCCGCUUCGAGCACCGAGGCAAUGACCAAGACUUGGAUGAGGCUAUUGUGCUGAGCAGGGAAGCGCUGGCUUUGCACUCGGUCGGUCACACAGAUCGGUCCUCGUCGUUGAAUAACCUUGCAAAUCAACUGUCCAUCCGCUUCGAGCACCAAGGCAAUGUCCAAGACUUGGAUGAGGCUAUCGUGCUGAGCAGGGAAGCGCUGGCUUUGCGCCCGGUCGGUCACACAGAUCGGUCCUCGUCAUUGUAUAACCUCGCAAGUCACCUCUCCGCCCGCUUCCAGUACCGAGGUACCGCCCAAGACCUCAAUGAGUCACUAGAGAAUCUCUGCUGUGCAUUAACUCUGUUAACGCAACAUGAUCCUCAUCAAUCAAUGGUCCAUCAGUCGCUAGCUGUCGUCUAUCUGUUGUUCCAUCGAUCAGAACUCCACGCCGCUGGCGACAGUUCUGACAGUAUGAAUGCUGUCAUGCAUCACUUCAAGGCGGCAGCAAAUCUUGUCUCUGGAGGUUUCCUAGGCCGCCUGCGUGCAAGUCUAGACUGGGUCCGCCAUGCUGAUAAAUAUGCACAUGGCACCGACCUCGAGGCUUAUGCAACUUCCAUGCAACUUCUGGACGCUUACAUGUCUGCCACAGCUUCGGUGUCAUCACGUCAUCAUACCAUGAAGAACUUCCCAAGCACACUUGCAGUUGAUGCUGCAUCAUGCGCUCUUCGUCGUGGCGAUGUGUGCCGUGCUGUAGAGCUGCUGGAACAAGGCAGAACUCUCAUAUGGACCCAGAUGGCGCGAUUCCGCACGCCUCUUGACAACCUCCAGGACCAUGGUGCUCAUGCAGAGGCGUUGAUGAAGAAAUUCCGAGACCUCAGCUCCAUUCUUGAUCGACCUCCGAAUCAUUCAGAAGGGAUGUCAAGAGUUGACAUAGAAGCAGAAGUUACGAGGUACAGAUGUCUCGUGAAGAACUGGAAUACAGCUCUGGAUGAUAUACGUAAGAUCAAGGGCUUCGACUGCUUCCUACUCGCCCCCUUGUUCUCUGAACUUCAAGGUGCCGCUCGCAAUGGCCCUAUCAUCAUUCUCAUCGCAAGCAAGUCGUCUUGCAAUGCAAUCAUCGUCCCACACAAGGAAUCUCCAGUCAGUGUAGAACUCACUAUCACUGUAGAAAAGCUUGUGCAAUUGGUGAACACACUGCAGCGGACGGUGGAAAAAGACACCAGUCCUCAGGACCUGCAUCAGGAAAAAUACACUUGA